GGUUGCCCUGCUAGCCAGUGGCUUCGGUGAGCUAAUGUCCUGCUGGAACAUUUUAGGUCACAAGUUCUACAUCCCAAGUGUAUCCUGGCUUCGAAAGGAACGUAUUCCCUUCAGUGUGGUCAUCCAAAGACAAGGGGAAGGUAUAGUUGUGCUCCCAAAUGCAGCUCAUUCUGGUGGAAAUCUUUCUUUCAACUGGUCAGAAGCGUGCAACUUUGCAACUAAAAGUUGGUUACCCUACGGAGCUGUAAGUCCUCCCUGCAGCUGCAUUCCGGGAUCUGUCCAUCCCAUUGACCUCCGUCCUGCAACGGGCGUACAUGCCAGACAUCUGCUUGGGGCCUACCUUCGCAAUGAUAUAAGUUCUGCUGCGGAAGAUGGCUAUUUCCACAAAUCAGUGAUUUCUUACCAAAAUAUUAAGGGUCUAGCACAAUCCUCCAAGGGAAGUGAGGAUAAAUUAACAUGUCCAUUGUGCGCCUAUAGUUGGUGCAAGCCAUUAAAAUUGAGAAAUGUGAAGAAUCAUGUGAAAAGGCACCAUCCAAAGUUCACACAAGAUUCACGUGUUGUUCAAUUUUUUAAAGGUAACUUUAAUAAGUAACGUGAGCAUGCCUUAUGGCUGGUGCCUCACAUUGUCUUGGUCGCCUGUUAUUAUUAUUUUUUUGUACUUUUCUCCCCCUGGCACCUCCACCUAAUAAGUAUUGCAAAAUUGUCAGCUCUUCUCCUUUAAUCCUUGGAGCUCCUGUUGUAACAUAAAAUGCAUAAAACACUCAACAUUGCUCUUAUUCUUGAAAUUUGAGUGACUAAUUCCUGCAGAAUUAAGAAAAAUAAUUGAUGGGUAGGUCCUGAGAGGUCCCGCCUGCUUUUUAUGUCAAUGCAAAAUAGUAUGCCACGACUGCAAUGCAUUUGAAGAAUAAUUACUUGUACUGUCGACUGCAUUUCAAUUCCCCAUGAACAUGUAUGCUCACAAUGUUCUCCAGUUCAGCUGAUAUCUUUCAAUUUAUAUCUCAAACAUUAAAGUGCCUUACAAAGUUACAUGUGUUGUUCAAUUUCCUCAAGACAAAUUUCACACCCUGACAGAAUGCAUUUGAUGAGGAGUGUACAAGGUACCAAAACUUUUAUUCAAAAUCAGUACUAAUAUAAUAAUAGAAAACUGUAAUCUACAAGGCUUAAAGGAAAUGUCAAUAUUUCUUUGGACCUUCAAAAUUAUUUACCUACACUACAUCUUGCACUACACUGGGCAAUAACUAGAUAUGCUCUUUGAGGGAGUGAAGGAUUAUGUUUUCAAAGUAGGAGGUCAACAUUUAGGGAGUGUUGACUAGCAACGAAAUUCCUAGGAGUUCAAAUCUCUCAGUCAAAUGCAAAAGCAAGGAUCAGGUUGUGGUUGUAAGAGACAUAACAUGGAGAGGAAUUUUAAAACAUUAUUUAUUAAUCAUGGCCCUGGCAGGAUCAUUUACAAGAUCGCAAUACUGGUAAGAAAGAGCCAUUCCGAAAAUAAGAGUGGUGUAUAACUAUCAAACGAGGGGAAGAGAAUAUAUGUACACUUUAUGCAGAUGGCAAAAGAAAAGCAACAUAUUCAUAUUCAUAUUUAUUUACUUGUAUAUAAGCAGGUCAAAUACAUAGUUAGUACAAGGAUACAUAGAACAAGGAUACAUAGAAAAAUAUUCAUUCAAUCAUUCAAUAAAUUCAGCAUAGGAGUAACAUUCUCUCUCGAGAAGAUACUUUUUUAGUUUUACCUUGAAUACAGACAGGUCCUUAAUAGCCUUCAAAGAAUUAGGCAAUAACUUGUUAUAAGUUUGGAUACAGGCUCCUUUUACCUCACCUCUUGAAAAAUGAUUGUAAAACAAAUUGUGACCAUUUCUAGUAUUGUGAUGGUGAACAGAGGAAACCAUAAGGUGUGACAUUUUCUUUUUGGCAUAGAUUGAGGCAAAGUAAAUAUAAAUACUACACAGAGUGAGGAUCUUAUUGGCUUUAAAAAGACCUCUACAAGAGAACAAGGGAUCUGAUAUUUUGUUAAUUAUCCUGAUUGCCCUUUUCUGUUUCCUAAAAAUAGAAUUGAGUAGGACCAUGUUAAUG